AUGACCAACACUUUGCACCAAGACGCAGUCCAGGCAAACAAAGACUCUUUCAACGAAGAUUUUGCCAGAAAAUAUGAACAACGUGAAAGUCAACGCAUUCUAUCCCUUUUAUUCCUUAAACAUAUCCUUGAGAUGGAUAUUAGUACCGCUCCAAUUGAGCGCAAAAGUGAACAAGAGUCAGCCAAAAUCCUCGGGGAUGCUAGUUUACCAUUCAAUGGAUUCACCAAGGAAAACACUUUACCCAACCCGAAAACGUAUUUGACCAAUUACCCAAACACUAUUUUUCGUCCAGGGAUGAAGUUGUUGGAUUUUGCAUGUGGUACAGGAAUGAUUACUGAACUAUUCGUUUCAUACUUGACUGGGCAUGCUGGUGAGAAAAGUGAGAUUGUUGGUAUCGACAUUGGCCCCACUUUUCUCAAAUACUUCAAUGAACGGGCUGCAAAAUACAGUAGUGAAAAUAUUUCUAUGCGCUCGUAUGAAUACGAUAUUCUUGAUUCUUCAAUCUCCAAAGAAUUGAACAAAUUUGACUCGUUUUUUGAUGCUAUUGUUUGCACUAUAUCUUACCACCAUAUACAUAAUUAUGAACAAGUGACCAAAAAACUUGCAACAUUUCUUAAACCUGGUGGAUGGUUAUUUAUUAUUGAUUUUUAUAAUGAAGAUGUUGAAAAUAGUAGUGGUUCGAAAGAAGCUGGGAAUGGUUCUGCUAAGGCUGUGCAACAUAUGGGCGGCUUAAAGAAGGAUAAGUUGAACCACACAUUGGGUGACAUUUCGGGUUUAAAAAAUGUCAGUAGUGCAAGAGAAUUCAGGACCCAAAUCUAUCAACCUAAGGAGUUUAUAGUUAACCAUUGUCCCGAAGAGAUUACGAAGCGAUUGGAAAGAGGUGAAUUAAAAGAAAGAAAAGGAUUAGAAGGUGAAGUUGAUUACUUGGUCGAGGUAAGUCUUAUUUAUGCUAUAGGCCAAAAGCCAUAA